AUGGCUAUGGAGAAUAUCCACCAGAUUAAUAGUAAAGAAGACAGCCAAGGACACUACGCGAUUAUUUCGGAGACAGUUAUUUCAAUAUUCAAUAAAUUAGGAGCUUAAGUUCUAAAAACGAAUCCCAGAUAAAUGCAUUACUUUGAAAUGUUAUAGAAUAAUUAUUUUCCAGGAUACAAAAUACAAUCUGUUACAACAUUAGCAAUUUUUGUUUAUACUUUAAUAUUUACUCUAUGUAUCUUUGGAGGAAUUGAAAAAUAAGGAUAAUUUUUAGAAAUCAGUGAUGCAACACUUUAAAGUCAUGGGGGUUUAGUUACAAAUCAAAUCAAAAAUGAGUUCAUGUUCUAAUAACUAUUUACAAGCAUCUUUUUGAGUAGAGAUUUUUAUCACUAUUUUUGCAUUGUUUUCUUGUUACUCCUAUUAUUAUCCAGUUUUGAAUAUGCAUCAGGUCCUCUUGUAGCCAUUUCUUUAUAUAUUUUUAGUGGAGCUUUGGGAGCAUUAUUUGGAAGUUCUAUUAAUUGUUGUACAGAUCUGAUUUAUUUACAUGCAAAUACUGCUAUUUACGGAUUGAUAGGGGCAUUCUUAGGGUGUAUAAUUUUAAAUUGGUGCACGCUUGAGAUUUUGAAUGAAAUGAGAGCAUUUCUAUGUUGUUUUAUGUGGAUUCUAUUGACAUUUGUCUUAGUCAUCACGUUAUCAGCUAUUAACACAAAUCACAAUGAUAAAUAUGGCUAGAUUGGAGGAUUGAUUACUGGGUUUUUCCUUUCAUUAGCAAUUGUUCCACCAAUGAAUUAGGAUAGUUAUGAAGACAAAGCAAAAAUAUUUGGUUGGACAUUUUUAGGAAUAUUUGCUUUCAUUAGCACUUUGAUGAUUAUUGUAAUGUGA